AUGUCUUGGCUUUGCCGCAAUCCCGAGCCUGAUGCCAGCGACAGAGCUCUGCUCAAAUUUUCUCAGGGACAAAGCGAAGCAUUCAGCAUUAGAAAAGAUGAAGAUGGGUGCGAUACUGAGGUGUAUAUCGCUGGAGAACGAUACAGUCAGCCAUUGCAUCUAUCCAGUGAACAUGAAUGGGAGCACUGGCUGCAGCAGUUUGAUGGCGAGUCAGCCGGACUUCCAAAUGAGAAAGGUGACAGGAAUGGUCCUGUCAGCCGCAGUACGGAAGUUUCCAGUGCUAUUAAUUUGAUUAUGAGCGGGAAAUCGUCUUCAUUGUCCAAGGUGCCAUUUUCGGAAGGGACAUUCCGAAAAAUAAUCAGCGGCUUAAAAUUGCACAAGUCAGUUAUACGAGCAAUUAAUAGAAACACAAGCUUAUAUACAUGCAGAACGGCUGAAAGCUGGGACGACGAUAUGGCGUUAACUGUAACGUUUCUUCCAGAGACGAUGACAACUAAUGCGCUCUGGUUUGGCUGCAAUUUGAAGGAGCGGGAUGUCCAUGGGCAUUUACUGACAGACUCUGCCAUUAUUACUGGCAAGUUGCGUAAUUUCGAUGGAGAAGCCUUUCAUCCAAUGAUGCUGCCUACCAUAUUUGCGGAAUUCGAGCGAGGGAGGCAUGCUAAACUGGUACGCGAAAGUAAUACGCAAUUUGUGCAAAGAAUUCUCGAUAUCGAACAAAGAAGCGAUGCAUUUUACGGAUUACACCAAAUUCAUCGAGAGACUCAGCAGACGAUAGAAAAAGAUUUUCAACCGUCCAGAACUAACUCACGUCUUACUGAUAUGAAGGGAAGAGUCGGCAGCUUCCUUGCUCAUCUAACUUUAAAUUCUUUAGCAACUUUUAAUAGCUCAGUUGGAUCUGAUACAACACAAGUCGAAAGCGAAAGCGACUUCACUGCGGCUGAAGAUGACGAAUCUUGCGCAAUGCUCUGGAUUAAAAUUAGCCACCUUAAGAACGGCUUGGAAAACUGGAAAACGCAAUUGGUCAAAAUGAUUGAUCACGUACAGGAGCUUGAAGAUAUAGACUUUGGUAUAGAUUAUAGAAACAUGGCAGCUUUGAGAGGACGGCGAGACGCACUGGUGGAAUGCGGCAAACGAAUUGGAGAAAGGCUCCGCGAUUUGAUUGACGAAUACGACAAUUUUAUAAGAGAAUGUGAUCAUAUUAUGGCUGGAAUGUCGCUUGCAAUGCAGCUGGACCUAAACAAUAUCGGCCGUAAAGACGCACGGCUUAAUGAAAACAUAUCCAGAAGCAGCCUGGCAGUCGCAGAGACGGCUCAACGCGACGGAAGUCUAAUGAAGUCAAUUGCGGUUCUCGGAAUGAUCUAUUUGCCAGCAACAUUCGUUUGUACAUUCUUUUCUAUGGGUUUCUUCCAAUGGAGUGGACAGAGCGGCGACACGAGAACAGUCUCACCUGAUGUCUGGAUAUUUGUGCUUGUGGCAGUUGCUUUUACUUUACUGACGAUAGGAGUAUUUGCAGCCUGCACCAUU